AUGGAGGAAAAGCCUGUCCAAGUGUCGCCCGAGUUACCGGAUCGCCGUGGCUCAGACAGGGCGAGCCCGCACAGCAACGACAUUCGGAACCUGUGGACCACGGUCACGCUGUCGCAGUCACACCUGAACCUGCCGCUGUCCGGCGUCUGCGAAGACUUCGAUGGGGAAGGCGGCGUGGGCAAGACUCGCAGGUGGUCCGACCAGAAGGAUCUCUGGGAGGACGAUGGGGAGGACUUCAACCUCAGUCCAGGGGACCUGGACGAGCGCAACUUUUUGGAGCGGGAACUGCACCGCGGUGGCUCCCUGGAAAACCUCUUAGAGGGGGACGACGAUUCCAAGAGCGAGUCUGAAAAGUCUUCCUCAAUGUCAUCGCUCAAUAUCCCGAAGUACACCCCCCAUCGAGCCUACUGGGCAGAACAGCAGAACAGGCUGCCGCUGCCCCUGAUGGAACUCAUGGAGAAUGAAGCUCUGGAAAUCCUCACCAAAGCCCUUCGGAGCUACCAGUCGGAGAUCGGCGGGGAACACUUCAUGACCAAGGAGCUGCAGCGAUACAUCGAGGCGCUCCGAAGGCGCCGGAUCAAGAGGCUGAAUGUCAAAGUGCACUAA